CAAGUGGAUGGCUGGAUGGCUGGAUGGCUGGACUGUGAAAUGAUCGAACCGCGGCUGACAACUUAUUUGAUGAAUCCCAGCAUCUAUUCAAUACAUGAGAAGAAUGCAUUGGCUCCGGUGCUGAGCAUGAUCCAACGGAAGCAUGAGGGCAUUGAGGUAACUGUGCUGAGGGAGCUGCUGCAUCUGGACGAGGCGUACAGGACCUACUACAGGGAGUGGCUCAAGGAGCUUGGACUGCAGCGCAUCGCUGCCGAGACGCUACAUCCACUGAAUCAAGAGCUUCUCUUACGAUCAGACUCACACUGCCGGAGGCCGGCAGCAAUCAACGCUGAAGGCGAUGAUGCUAUGAUCAAAAAAUAUCAGUUGCACUAUCAGAUCAUACUCGGCUCCAAUCAAUCCUUGAAUCGUGGCAUUAAAAACAUGCGCUCAAAUCUCAUCGCCUUUCGGCGGGCGUUCAACAAGUUGGAUUUGAAUGAUGAAACUCCGCUCAUAUUGGGCGAUGCAUUCCACAAGCCAGUCAAGUUCUUCAUUGGUCUGGUCAAGGAGCUAUUCAACUAUUUCUAUAGUCACUUUCUGAAACUGGACUGCGGUGCAAAUAUGCUCGAUCCGGCGGAUAUCAAUGCGCUCGAGAGCUAUCAGAAAUUGUUGACGCCGUCCGAGGAGUUCGAGGAGUAUCUGCUGCACAAUCUUGGCUAUUGCCACUGCCUUCGCCCCCCGCAGCCCUGCCCCGAGAGGCCAACAGUUACGCCCAUGCCUGGGGAAAAUAAGGAAAAUAAAAGAAGGGCACAGCUGAGUCGAUGCAAUCGGCGUGUCAUAAAGAUGUCGAUGUUAAGGGAAGAGUCGCACAGUGAGUUAGAUCACAACCAUUCCACAUAUGUCAAUGCUUCAGAUUUGGAGAAUGAGUUGCGCAUGAAUCAGCUGAGUUCCCGAAUUGCCCUUCUCCGCGAUGGCGCCUACAGCAGACAGGCGGGACGUGAGCGUGGACUCGUCCAUCAAAUGAUCUAUGCACUAAGUCCCUCACUGGUUGCGUCAAAUUAUUGAUGAUCCAGCUAUAUACAUAGAUAAAGUAACUCUGUAGUUUCAAGUGGGGCGCCUCGGCAACCAAUAAGUUUCCGCUGACAAUCGCUUAAUACUGUGUGUCGAGCAAUUCAUAAAUGGCAAACUAUAAAUUA